AUGAAAAGGAAAAGAGUGGACCAAUCAGAAGCUGCCACGAACACAGUCAACCGCACAACCCAUGCUCCUCCCCCUCUGUCACCUCCCAAGUCCGGUAUACCACUGUCUGAGCUCCCCAUUGUUUUUCGGCGAGUGGUAGCCGUUGCUGGAGACGAGAUGGUGUCAUCUCAGCCGUCGGAUGAGCCGUUUCGGAUAGAGAAGGGCCAUUUCUGGUUGCUCGCAGACAACUUGGCUGUUCCUGCAGAGGAAGCUAUCGACAGUCGCACCAUAGGCCCUGUGCACAAGAACUACAUAUUCGAGAGGGCACUGUAUGUGGUGCGGUCAGAAGAGGAUCACGGGCCCAUCCGAAGCAGUUUUACAGCCAGGGUACAAGAUGCAGGAGUGCUGGCUGUGGAAUGCAAAGAUGUGGAGGAUAUCAUAAAAAGAAUGGUGGAGGUCAUUAAAUCUCAUAGAAGUUGA